AUGAUGCAUCAUCAAAAGCCCUGGUGUCAGCUAUUGUUUUGCGCCACAAUUGCCUUAUUCCUCUUUCCAUCAGGUUCCAAUGGUCGUCAUCCAUCACGUGACAACAACAACAACAACAUUGCCUUAUCAUGGCAUUUGAAUUCGGUGGUGGCCAACGCAUUCAAAGCCCAUGGGGUGACUGUUGCUGUAGACAAAUAUGCUGCUAAUGUACAUCCUUUGGAAUAUCCCAUAAUGAUUCACGGCACAUCGGCUCUGCGGAGUCUUUCGGAUGACAAUAAUAUUAAUAAUAAUAAUAAUAAUAAUAAUAUGGCUUCUGAUGAUUCCUGUCACGAAAUGGUCCAACGAAAAUUAUCUAAUAAUAAGGAUAACGACGAUACCAAGGCACAGGUAGCAUUAUUGCUUUUGCUUGCCGGACAUGGUGAUGCAGCACAUGAUGUCUUGUUGGGUGCCACUCUGGACAACUUAAAAGAUGCGGAAUAUGCGGCCACUCAUCGGGGUCAAACGAAUUGGGCCCAAGAGCAUCCCUUGUCCGAUUUGGAAGAUGUUUUGCAUUCCUUGAUUCAUCGAAUCUACGAAGGGUCGAGGGUUGGAGAAGGUGGAUAUACGGGGUACGAAAAUGCUCAAUAUUGGUGUGCAGGAGGUCCCAAACAGUACCAGGAACCAAUCAUGGCACGAGAAAUGAAAAUAAUGAACAAAAAUGCAGCAAGAAUUCCAACUUCAACUGGUGUUCUGGCCAAGGUCUAUCAAGAAUUGUGUCAAUUAGCCUUGAAAAAGGCACCAAUUUGCGUAUCGAGAGGCAUCAUCGCACAAGCAUCACCACCAGGGACAACAGCAUCCAAACAUCAUGAUGCUGAUGACAACAAAAGUGCUGCUGGAACAGUCAUUCACAGCAUUAUUGCGGGAGGAGGCAAAUUUCGAGACGUCCAUGUGCCAGAGAAAUGUUGGGAUCCCAUUGUGUUUUGUCAAUUGCUCUUGGAGAAUGAAUCGACGAACAGCGAAAAGGACGAUGAGAGUCAACUAUCAUUGCAGCAGGAAUUGGAUUAUUUGACCGAAAAGGAGCUCGAGUUGCUCGCCAAGUAUCUCUUGUUGGUAUCAUCAUGA